AGACCAUGAUAGAUACUCACAUACAUAUUACCAAUUGUCAUCAUCAAUUUCAUAUUAGCAAUGCCGAUCUAUACCUCUGAUUCCGAUGAUCAACCUGCAACGACGACGAGAUUAUUCGGCCGUGAAAGACCCAUGCACGCUAUACUCGGUGGAGGAAAAGUUGCUGACAUUCUGUUGUGGAAGAACAAGAACUUAUCGGCUGCUCUGCUGAUUGUGUUCACGCUCAUUUGGUUUUUAUUCGAAGUUGUGGAGUAUAACUUUGUUUCACUUCUAUGUCACAUCUUCAUUAUCCUUAUGAUCACUCUCUUCGUCUGGUAUACAGGGGCAGGAUUCGCCAACUGGGAUCGUCCGAAUGUCCGCGAUUUCACAAUACCAGAGUCUUCUGUGAGAUGGUUAUUCACAAAAUUCAACAAAUUCCUGUUGAGAUUCUAUGAUAUUUCUACUGGACAAGACUUCACCAAGUUCUUUCUGGUCAUUGCCCUACUGUGGGUGCUCUCGGUUAUUGGAAAUUAUUUUAGUUCUAUUAACCUAUUAUAUCUUGGCUUUCUCAGUCUGGAAACUCUACCAUUUUUGUAUGAGAAGUAUGAGAGGGAGGUGGAUUACCUUGCAAGCAAAGGGAAUAGAGAUGCCAAGAAACUCUACAAGAAAUUUGAUGCCAAGGUCUUGAACAAGAUUCCUCGAGGGCCAGUAAAGGAGAAGAAGUUCAGAUAAUCACAUAUGGAAUGGAAUUUCAACAAGCAUAUUACUACAUUACAAAUACAGUAUACAUAAACAUCUGUUGAUUUGAUUAUUGGUGUAAAAAUUAAUGAACCAAAUUGGUGAAGCUUUGCCUCUGGUGAGACUAUGAUUUGGCAAAGCUUCAGGAAAAGCAAUAUAACUUUUUUAAGAAAGUAAAAUACAUAUAUGCAAUGAAAGGAACAAACCGUUUAUUUG